GACACUCCAAUGUUCACAUUGGUGGGUUUUGUGGUUUGGGGAUAUAAAAGACCUGGCUGACGGGAACCUCCCCAUGUCCUCCUUCUGCACAGAGCCACAUCAUCCUGCUUCAAUCUCCACCUCGGGGUGUUUAGUUGGGCUUCAACACCCCAGACAAGGACCCAGAGUUAGACUGAAGCAUCCUAAGGGACAGGAAAGGAAGGAAGACGAUGGGGCGAAUCAUCUUUCUGAGCUUCAGCUUGCUGGUCGUGGCCUUCUUCCUAAGUGGUGCCAAAGGGUGCUGUUGUCCCCAUGAUUGGCUUUCCAGGAAUGGGUUUUGCUACAAGGUCCACGAUCAACUGAAGACCUGGAAGGAUGCAGAGAUGUUCUGCAGGAAACACAAGCCAGGCUGCCACCUCGCCUCCAUCCACAAUAUGGCAGAGUCAGCUGACUUGGCCGAGUACAUCUCUGACUAUCUCACAAAGAAGGGGAAUGUCUGGAUUGGAUUAAACGAUGCACAGAAGAAACGUGUCUGGGAAUGGACAGACAGAACCUGCAUUGACUACUUAUCCUGGAAACCAGGAGAGCCAAACAACGAAUUGGAAAAAGAGUUCUGCGUUGAGCUCAGGGCCGACUUCGAUCAUAAGCAGUGGAACGAUGAAGACUGUGCAUCCUUGCGUGCUUUUAUCUGCCAGUGCAAAUACUAGUGCAAGCGGCUCCUUUGCCUGCUCCAGAGUGAGUGAAGCACUUGCUGAAGCCUGGAGAAUCAAGGAAGCCCCCCUGCAUGCCAAAAUCUCUGCUCUGCUGCACCCCUUCGCUUCAUGAAUGCUUUUUGUAACUUGCAUCUGACUUUGCUCAUUCUGGUGGGCCAGAAGAUCCAAUAAAUUCUGUCUUGGUA